AUGCCAUCGUUCGGUUAGAGAUUGGUAAAUAAAGUUGAUGGUCAUGAGACUUAUCAAGACCAGGGAAUUUACAGCUGAAACAAAACCAAAUAUACUGAUCAUUCCAGCGCGUGUUCCUGAACUUACAAAACUGUGAAUCUGCGAAGGGGUGGAAAGUCUUUUGACAUUAAGAAAUGUUCUAAAUUUUUAAUGAUAUUUGUCUUGGGGGAAUGGGGCGUAUAAGUGGGGGCGUGAUUCCUUUUAAUCAGACUAAGACCUGUUUAGUUCAACCCUUGGUCAAAAGAAAGAUUUUAAACCAUGCCAUCGUUCUAAAGUUGAUGGUCAGACCAUCCACCUUCUACCUUCAAGUGAAAUUUUUGCUACCUGACUGGUAGACAAGGCACCGAAAAUUCCUAUCCCACCCCACACUAAUGAUGAUAUCUUCAAAUCACUGAUCAGCUGACAUAAAUGCGGGCAUAAAUGAUGCCCCAUUGUGCCCUAAAAUCCUCCGAUUCACACUACACUUUACAGUGGCACAUCCUUAGGACUAAGUCAGGCCCUUCCCUUCUCCUUGAUUUCCCACAGGAAAAAAUAACCGAUUCCCAUUUUUGGAUAUUUUAGGGUAUUUAAAGAAUACCCACAAAAAUCCCAAAUUUGGAAGAGUGAGACAAGUUCCAAUCAGGGAACUUGGUUGGGAAUUCCCUGGUUGGGACUUGACUCACUUUGCCAAAUUUGGGAUUUUUAUGGGUAUUCUUUAAAUACCCUAAAAUAUCCAAAAAUGGGAAUCCGUUAUUUUUUCCUGUGAUAUCCACAACCACGGGUUAGUCAGUUACACUUUCUAGUACAAAUUGCACUCUUUAUUCUCAAAUUCCUUUUUAAUACGGUACUUGAAUAGAUAAUAUUUAUUUUCAUGGUAACAAAGAAAUUGGACGAGUUAAUUCUAGCAAAAUAAUAAAAAUGUAUAUAUAACUGAAUUCAAUCAGUUUUUGUCCUCUGUCUACGCACUACCUUUACCACAAUAACGAUAUCGGUAUGUCUUAGCAAUGCAAAUUAGAUCUAGUUGCCCUGCCUAUCUUGCUAUCCCCACCAUCUUGCUUAUUCAAGUUUAAAAACCGAAAGGUCAAAACCCUCUCAAAUAUAAUUGAUUCGAGAGACUUUCACUUACUCAAGUGGCUUUGAUCUACUUGCGUUUGGAGCUUCGUAACUUUGUUGGUUUAUUGUUUUUCAGAGGAUCGCACUGAGUUCAGUCUAGUCCCUUGUGUAUGCUUCCGGAAGUCACGCAACACUAUCGAUUCUAGGAAAAGCCGCUUUCCCAAAAAUGGCGAUUUCGUUUUAAGUUCACCUCGAAUUUACGGAAAAUGUUUUAGUUUGGUCGCCAUGUUUUGAAGAGCUCAUAGUCAUAUCAGAAAUACUAACUUCUGCGUGCUUUAUUUGAAGUCUAACCUCUCGAAAGGAGAAACUUGAAAAGCAAGUUUUUUUUGCACGGUGAGUUUCAUUUCCACAAUUUUCGCACUGUUACCUGUUAUCACACUUGUAUAUGAGUUUAAAAAGUUGUUUUUAAACCUACUAAAUCUGCUAAAUCUGCUAAUCCAGGUGGGAAAUUUGGAAAUGGAUGUAUGUAUGUAUCUUCUUUGCAUUUAUUGCGCCGCCUCGAUCACAUUUGCCAAAAACAUUGAGCCCGCUGCUUGUGCAAUCGAUCUUAAACAUGGUGACUAGAAAAUACAGUAAGUUCACUUAAGCCUUUAUGGUUUAGAUUGUAUGAAAGCUAAGAAUCACGAUUAUAUUGUUCUUUAUAUUGAAUCCCCAAAUUUAUUCGAUAUCCACAGAUAUCCGCCAUUCCAUGGACUGUUUCCGCUGAAGGGCAUACAUGCAUAUUGCACUGAAAACCCAUGUGCACACAUUCAUUAGCUAAUAAGAAGAAUUUGUAAAUUUUCAUUUGUGAAUUGUUAGCAUUUAAAUAUGGCGUCAUACUUUUUGCAAUUGAACUCUCUGAGUUAUGUAAUUUCUGUAACAGGGCACCAUGUGACAAAAUUUGAACUUAAUUUUGCUAAAUACAGCUGUAGCAUAAUUGUUUAAUCAAGUCAUGCUUUUAUUGUGAAAUAACCGGCUUGAACAUGCCUUUCCAUGUUCAUAUUUAUAUUUGGGAGGUGAGAAGGAGGUGAUUCGGGUGGCUGCUGUCAUUUUUCAGGCAUUUGUCAUUUUUAUCACAGAAGUAAGUUAUAAGUCAUCUCUUCCAGUGGCAAUCUUUGCAAACUGUGCCAAUUUAAUUGCUUAUCUUCAAAUUCUUCACAAAUCUUCCACACUGGCCUCUGUGGCCUUUCUUUACAAAAAUCUUCUGCAGUGGCCUUGCUAAUGCUUUCCAUACACUAGUGUUGUUUAUUAUAUUAGUUCAUUAAGAAAUGUUUUAAGUUUUCAAAACUUUCUUCUCCAAUACUUUGACUCGUGUACAGUUUAGUGCCUAAAUAUGACAUCCAGGUAUUUUGAAAAUAUUUAAAAAUGGAUUGUAUAGCCAGGUUUUAUUUAUUUCUUAUAGUAAUAGUCAUUUUAUUGUUGAAGAAAGAAGCACAAUGGAACAUCAUUGCCACAAGAUGUUAAACAGUCUGGUAGAGAUCUGCAUUGUGGUCGGUAUGGACCAAGACACAGGCCUUGUACCUGCUUAUUCACCGGAGGUAAAUUAAUGAUUUUCCUUAUAAAAACCACUACCAGAAACAAACAUGUUGAACACCAAGAUAAAUAUUAUUACACAACUUCAGUUUUUUUUUAAUUGUUUCCAGAAAAUCUGACAUUAAAUUGUCAUGAUCAUAUACAUUGUAAAAGCAUUUUUCCCGAAAGAUAUGUGUGGAGUGAAUGAAAAGAGAUUGAAAAAUGCUGUGGUACCUGGUGGUUGAUAAGUAUUAGGGAAAUGGGUGACCUGUAUUUGACACCAAAAUACACUGCACGUCCUGUGUAUACCUCAAAGUGUCUGGUUAUAUGUAGCUCCUGGUUCUAAAACACUUUGAAAUUCUUUAAUCAAAAAACCUAAAAAUGGCCUUUUACCAACUUUUUCACCUAAUUUUACAUGAAAUAGACAGAUUUGGUUGUUUUAUGCUGAAAAGUGGAUUUUUUUCAAAAAGCUUGGUACUUUGCUUAACCCAUUCACUCCUGGGGAUUUUGCCGAAAAACGCGUUUUGAAGCUAUUUGAGUGGUUUUCUGGUCACUGUCGUGCUAUAAAGAGCUAAAACUUACCACAAACCGGUUUACAGGUCUUACACUCGGCGGCCUUCUGAUCCAGAUGCAAAAUAUCAGCUUUCGAAGUUCGGGCAUGCGCAGAAAGCAAAAUUUCGACAAUUUCGAGUUUUUGGGUUUAAAAGUGACACAGCAGUCUUGACUUUUACUUUUCGCUUUCUCUCCUCCCUUCUUUUUUCGCUUUUCUUGCCUCAUUUUUUUUUCUCUUGCUGGGCAUUUAGUAGGCUUCAUUUUGGUGGGAAGAGUUUUUAGGAAAGCUUUUAGGAUCUUAGGAUUAGGUGAAAGGAAAGGUAGGUGGGUAAUGGAACAAGAUUUUCAUGGAGAUUUUCAGGUCCUUGUCACGUGGUUUUUUGCUUCUUUCUCCGGUGUCCUUGACUGAAUUGUGCUCAUUCUGGUAUGGUUUGAAAGAUCUGUUCACUCUGCGCAAGUUAGCGAAGAAAGUUGUCCUUGACCGUUAAAACUGAUGACGUCACAAAGGGUAGAAAGGACCUGGAUCCGCAUGGGCGGUUACGGGCGGUUCAGGGGCGAAUGGGUUAAUAGGUCUGCAUUUCAUUUGCUUUACUCAAUUACGUGUUUCAUGUGAUGAUCACAUGGGAGAAAAAAAAUUCACAAACGUCAUUAAAAUUAUUUGGCACCUUAUGGAAAAAACGGUAAAAACCUUCUGAAAAUCAUGUGACAAUGACCAUUUAUCACAAGGCUACUUUUCAUUGAAUCAUUUCUGUUGCCAGAUUGUUAUUAGUGACCCUCAUACAUGUAAAUAAGUUAAAUGUUCAGAGGAAAGUGGUUUAUGCAGUGGGUAGUGCUACAUAGGUUUCAAAAUAUCAGGUUUAGAAUUUAAGCCUCAAGUUUUAAUUCUUAACUUGACAAGUCAUAUCAUGUGUAUUAGUAAUACUGUCGAACUGUAUCACUUUAUGAGCACCCCUGGAGACUAUUUACGAGCAAUUUGUAUGACCCCUUCAUGAGUGUCAGUAUUAAUAGGGUUUGACUGUAUUAGAUUUGAAUUUAAAAUUUAUUCUCCUGAUGGAUGAAUGUAUGGGUGUAUCGUGGAUGAAGGGUUGGUAGGGGUUGGCAAAAAACAGUUUGUGAGGAAUGGGCUGGUCGGUUGUCCCCAGAAGACAAUAAAUAUAGUUAGUGUUAUAUUUAACAAUAUUAAUGAAUGAGGUUGAGUAUCUUAAUAUGAAGAAUUAUGGAGAUCAAGGAGGGUGUUAUCAGCCGAUAACCCCCUUCGAGAUCUCCAUAAUUCUUCAUAUGAUACGAGAGCGGAAUUCAAUAAUUGUUUUAUUAUUCAUUCAAAAAUUUAAUAAUUUCGUGGUUUAACAACAUAGCUAAAACAUGCUUACCUCCAUGGACGUCAAGUUCAUCUUUGAUAGUGCACGUUUAGGGUUAUUCAGCUCUGCAAAAUAAUUUUCUCCAAAUAGUAGAUGUCACCCUUCAAAUCAUCUUCUUGCUGUUCUUGCCAUGUUUUUAGCUAUUAUUUCACCUAGUUCUUACUCUUGAAACGAGUGAAAUGUCUGUCAUUUUUGUUUUCACGACCAAAACAACUCAACCUCUUCCCCAGGUCUUCUCGGUCAACAGUUCAUUAACCUGCAAGGAAGCGGCACUUUUGACGUCAAGGGUUCAUUAAUCGCAAAAUUCUUCCAAAUUUGGUCAUCAGUAGCUGGUUAUGGUGAAUUCUGGGUGUGCUUUUAGCCAAUCAGAAUUGGGGAAAUAUUUUGAAUGAAUAAUACUGGUAAUACUAAUUAACACUCCAAGACUGGUCCCAAGGGUAACAGGUAUUUUUUGUGUCCCAAGAAUCUCAAAGUUUCUCAAGUUACUUCUUAUUAUACCAUCCACAAAUAAAUAAUAAUAUUGCCAAAUAAAUUUCAAAGGGCAGUCUACAUUGACAGUUAGCAGCUAGUGCACUGUUUCUCUCUCUUGUAAUAUUAGUAUGCAUUGUUGCCCACUCAAAAACUGGUUGGAAAGAGUUUUUUUGUCAGAAGUAAUAAGACCCCAGAGUAAUGUAUCGAGGAGGGUAGCACUGCAAUUUCAUUCCCAGCAUUCUCUCCUACUUGUCCCCCAGAGUGAGCACAAGAAAGAGAGGACCCUGGGAAAGAGUUUGUACACUGCUGAGGAAAAAUUCCAGCUAUUAAAAAUUACACCUGCCUUUUGAUGUCAUUUAAUUUUAUAUUAUUUCACUUUAAUAUUGUCCUUGCAUUUAAGUAGAAUAGUAUCUAUUUAAUGUAAAAUAUAUAUACUUAUAUAACGUGCAUAAUUUCUUUGUAUUUGUCUAGUUUGUAGUAAAUUAUGUAGCCUGGCCUGCCUCGAAUAGCCUUGCUAACUGCAAGCCAGUCCCAAUGUAUCUUUUGUUAUAUUUCCAAAUUUAAGUUAAGUUGAAAGUUGAAUUAUUUUAUUUUAUUUUUCCUCAACAUCUACUACAUACAUUUUCUUGUUACAACAGAAAAGACAAGUGUCCAAAGGAAACGACCCUGACUCCCGCGUGUAUUCGACCAUGUUUGAGACAAAUGUGUUGGCAGCCAUGUCAGUAGAGACAGCAUCAUUUCCUCAUGCACCAUAUGACCAAAUCAAUGGUGAGUACGUAGUGCAUAAGUGGACAACUUGUCAACUAAGAAAUUAGAAUUGAACAACUUUUCUUUAUUACUAAACUUUGUCUCAAACUCCUCAUUUUCACAUCUCCCGUAAUAAGCCCCCCUCCCAAAAAAACAAACAAACAAACAAACAAACAAAAAAGGAUGCAGAAGCACUGUUUUGGAUUUCUCUUGGGGCAACUAUAAUACCCAGGGGAAUGUAAAAACAAAGGUUUUUCUAAAUUUUUGGUGAAACAAGGUGGGUUUUCAUGGGAGAUAGGCAAAUUGUGAAUGGUUGCUUCCUUAAAAAGAAAAAGAAAGAAAAGAACAAUGAGAGGACAUAUGCAUGUUUGCAAAUAAAUUAUUCAGAAGCCACAUUUUGAAAGUACUGAACUUGGGUUGAAACAGAGGUUGUUAAACGUUGUAUACUUGAUUAACUGAAAACUCAAUUAGAGGAAAUUGAUCACUAUCGCGAAGGUUGGGUGUAAAUACAAUCCUGUAGUUGCAUAAACUCUUGCACAGACCAUAAGAAAACUAGAAACUGGAUUUCCAAGCACUGAAAUUUCAAAAUUAAUUUUUUCAGGGAGCAUGUCCCUACCCCCUCCCCUCUGCUUCUUUCUCCCAGAUGAUCCCACUCUCUCUAGGGUUUUUAUUUGGACACCCUUAACAAAUAUAUCUUAGAACCAUCCCAAACAUUUUUGUCAUUUGAGAUGCCAGAUUAGUCUGAUAUCCAAGCACCUCAAAGAACCUCUUUUUCCCUCUGACUUUUUAGUUCCUCGCCCUUGAUAAAGCGUGAAACGCUCCUUCAGAUGUUUGAUAUAUGUUGUAGUUAAUUUUUUAUCUCAGGUAAUUUUUCUUUUUCUUUUGUUUUUGGGCACGGUAAUGUAUGCUAGUGAAACUGAAACAAAAGAAAAAUGAAAAAUUACCUGAGAUAAAAAAAAAUUACACGUAACUACAACAUAUGCAUGCAUUGUUACCUCAAACCUAUUUAUUUUUUCUGUUGUGCUUUGCUGUUGGCAGGAGAGCCAUAUUAUCCUAAAUUGGGGAUCGUGGGCAGUCCAACUAAACCAGCCAACCCAACAAAGCGUCGCCGUGGGUCAAUAUUGUCGGGCUGCAGAGUCAAGACAGCAGAGUUACCGUUAGGUCAAGAUGUCAUUAACAGUUUGCCAGCUCUUUGUUUUCCAGGUAAACAUUUAUUGCGUUGGGCUAACGUCGAACACAACCCCUAAUCUUUGGAUAUUGUGGUACAGUUGUACUUGGUUCUCCUGUGGUACUCAAGGGUGACCUUCUCAGCAAGUUUUUUUCAUCAUACGUCUAAAUUUUUGGCGCCAUUUCGAAUUACGUCUUUAUGUGCAUGCGCGUCAGCCUGGUUCGAUCAAGGUAAUCCAGAUCAGAGAUGAUGCAACUGGGUUUAGAUAGGACAGGGUUAUUUUGAGUAUCAUCACUGCUAGUCAGUAGUUCUAAUCGCUUUUAUAAAAAGGGAAAAAUUAAUGCACACGGUGUGAUUGGUUAGUACAAAGCGUUUGUUUUAACUAUUCACGCUACUUGACGUCACAUUAAUGCUUAAAGACCAAAAAAAAAGCACGCAGCUUACAUCCCCCCUAUGGAGUUGACGGGACAUUCUCAAUGUCACUCUAGAGAGUGUAAGGUUCACUUAUACCCCAAACGGCAAACAUCAGACUCAAGUUGAGAAUUUCUCAAAACAGAAAAUUAGCAGAUAAAAACAGCUCCAAACAAUUCUUGGGGAUAUCAAAUUGCAUGAAACUACUAGUUUAUAUGUAGAAAUAAUGAACAGUGAACGACAAGUAAAGGGGAAACUUGGUCACGUGGUAGAAAUUCGCGUUUGCCGGUUGACGUAAACGUGAUGCUUAACCUCUCUACUAAUCCUUUUUCCAAAAGCACUGUAAGUGAUCUCAAGAAUUGAAACUUCGACAACGACGACAUUAAGGUAUUCCUGGAGGCUAAAGUGACUGUUUCGGAUUGCCAUAACUUUUUAGCAGUGUAAAGGCAAUGCCACGAACGUCAAGAGGCAAACAAACAAACUGAAUAAGACCAUGUCUACACUAUAAUUAUGUACCGGGGAGCUUUUCGUGCCGACAUGAAACGCUACCUAGCACCGUAUGAACAGGAACAGCAGAGGACUGGAACAAGCCGUUCACAAAACGCGUCGAAAAUCGUACCGGAUCAAUUUGCCGAAACGGUCUGUUGCAUUACCUCACCUCUGAAUAGUUACUUCUCUCUUAGUGGGUUUAAGUCCUUGCUCCUACUCAUCUAUUUCUGUUACGGUCUGAAUUCUUGUCACACUGCGACGAAGAGUAGCAGAAACCUAUCCAAUAAUUAUGUGACGAUCCACUUUCAAGAUUGCGGCGCACUGAGCUCCGUUAAAGUGGAUUUCCACUGUCACGUAAUUUUUCCGUGCGGCGUACGCACGUAAAUUUUACGUGCGUAAAUAAAAUAGAGACUAUGUAGGAAAAUUAGUCUGUGUUCACUCUGUACCGGAGAGCUCUUGCCCCAACAAGAAAACCAUAACGGAAAAGCGUCUUUUCACUCAUAAGAACAGUGAUUUCGGCGCGAUUUCUGUAUAGGUGGAUUCCAAUGCCACUAAUGCCCCGUAGUUUUUACGCGUGCGUGCACGUAAAUUGUACGCGCAUAAAUAUUGUAGAGACAAUGCUUGGAAGGCCACACGUAAACGUAAAAGUUGAACCCGCUCAACUUAAUCGUUUACACGGUUCAUCUUUUACGUUUACGGGCGACUUUCCAUGCACUGCCUCUACUUCACUUAUGCGCGUAAAAUUUACGUGCGUGUACGCGUGAAAAUUACGGGGCAGUGGAAAUCCACCUAUACAGAAAUCGCGCCGAAAUCAGUGUUCUUAUGAGUGAUUUUCGUGAGCUCAUCACGUGCCUUCCACGUCUGGGUACAUUCUUUGGCGAAAACUGCACAACAACUGCACAACUAUGACAUGCCGUUUCAUCUACUAUGACGUUUAAUGGACAACGUGAAUACAAGACGACAAGUUUUUUACUCUCUUUUUAAACUGAUUGCUUUAGUUCCCUGUAAACGAGUCAAAAGCUCCGCGUCUUCACUACUGUGUGUUGUUGGGUUUUAUCAAUGUCUUUGUUGCGUUUUAACUUUUUCAUGUUCCAUUGCUGUUUGCAGAUGGUGGUUUUGUUUCCAAGAAAAAGAAGCCAGUUGAUUGUCAUUCUCUGGUUCUCACUGAUAUUGAGGGUAUGGUGUACUGUUUAAUUAUAGAGCUCUUCUGCUUCUACGUCUGCAUUUCCAGUACUAGUAAUCAAACGUACAUUAAGCAGAAAAAUACUUCUUUAAGCCCGAAGACGAAUACGACGUUCAUAAAGAAAAAAAUGUUUCUGCAAACCAUGAAGUAAGUACUAAAACAAACUUCACGAGUAACGGGGGUAUAAUCCAUUGAAAACGGACAAAACAACUAUUUCGAAUUUCGGACCGACGAAUACAGGGCGCUGCUGAAGUUUUGUUGUUAUUUAAUUUAACAACCUUUGAGCGUUUCCCCUUUUUCAGAGGGCGAAUCGUUUCUCUCCCGUGCAGGGCUACAGUAGCAGUAGGUAGCCUCUUUUGAUCCUCUUUCGGGUUCCAGUUCGCUUUUUUAUCAGAUCAGUUGAUAAAACCAAAUGUUCAGCGGGAUUAAUUUAAGCGAGAUAACUGAAAAAGAUUAUAUAGGUUUUUUUAUGUCAAUGUAUUUCCAGUUGAAACAAUUUUUUUUCACAUUUAGGUACCCGCUCUUAUUGUAUGUGUAUGACAUUCCACAGAGGAUUUAUUAUUAAAGAGGUAGGCUUACCAAGAGGGGUUGAGUGGGGGUGGGGGUAGGGGCUAGGCUUACUGACAUUUUGAAUUCCAUUUGUUAAGUAAUUAAUGGUAAUUAGUGGACAUGGAAGAAAAAAAAGUUUGUGCCUUCGCUCCUUCUUAGACGACGAGUGUUCAAAGUCGCUCUCGAUUUUACAUGAAUUACGGUUACCGCUACUUUCCGUGAAUUCAAAUCCACGUUAUCGCUUUUCUUCAGUUUAUUUAGAUCUUUGCUACCACAUUUUUUUGCUCAGGUUAUAUUAUUUCUGGGAAACGUUUACCCGUACCGUAUUAGAACAGUCCGAACUCCCUGAUCACCGGGAUUUGAAUGUACAGAAAAUACACGUUGGAUGUGCCGGAGGAUCAUGAUAUCUCCAGGGACUAACCGCUAUAUGAUGCUCUUAUUAACAGGCCGGUACCAUCCCUGGAGCUUAUAAAGUACUUUAUCUGGAUGAGAAAACAGACCAAAGGGGUGAGUUUCGGUGCCUGAGUACCUAAUGACAUGAGGAAAACAUUGCCCCGUCUUUCUAUUGGAUUUUAGGCAGUACAUAACAAUUAUCCACCACUAGCCACCGAAAGUGAGGUGAAUAAUUGUUUUAGUAUAUACUAAAACAGUGAGAUAAUUGAGCACAAAAAUGAUGAUUUUUAACUCAUUUACUGUUGCCAACGAUUACAAUUUUGGCGCGCAAUGACCGAACGGCUGUCGCGUUUUCUUGCCGACAAAUAAAACUUUUGAAGGCGUUUGUUGAGCUCCUUCGGAGAAAUGUCUUCAAAAGGAGUUGUGAAUUCUCUUUGUAUUUAAAACCAUUCUGUAAAAAGCUAUUAAAUUUAGUUUUAAGCUUAUUAGUGAACAUGUCAGCUUAAUGAAGUAACGCAAGACUUAAGUUUGAGCUUCAUUUGCAUUUGUAAACAAAAACCUCUUUCAACAGUUUCAUGGAUAAAUUCAAGUCAAACAGACAAAGCUGCACCUGUUAAAACUUGCAAACCGAAUUUCGUCAGCUUCUUCGUGUAUUUCGGGAAAUAGCACUGGAUAUCCGGAGGUUAAGAAGCCAAUCAGAGCGCGCGAAAAACACUAUCUACUGUUAAAGCCAACUAUCCCUUUACCGCCACAUUUAUAAGACAGACAUCUCCCUAAAAUGGAUGGACAUUUUAAGUUGUUCCCUGCCGUUUAGUUAUUUUGGUUUGACCCUUUAUUUGUUGAACACCUCUCUGGAAUUCAGACUCUUAACGCAGUUCUUAGUGGUUUCCUCCUUAGAGAGUCAAAUGUACUGUAUAUAUUAAACGCGGAAAAGACUGUUUUAUUAGUAUCCCCAUAAUAGCUGGGUAAUAUUGAUGAAUCGCUUUUUUACCGAGUGACCUCCUUGAGAAGGUUUUAUUUCCAGUACCGCCAGCAAGUCCCAAAUUUUUGGCGAUUAGCAUCACAUGUCCAAACCUCGAUCUCAGCAAUUACUAAUAGAUUUGAAUUUGAUAUUUAACCGUUUUCGGCAGCCUUGCAAGAUUCUUCUCAUUCCAUUUGUUAUGUACCGACAUGCUGCUGUUUAAUUUCCAAGUGGCCUUAUUUCAACCUCAUGAAGGACUGCUUGUCAUGGUGAGUCACUUACAGCUUUUGUAUUAGACUGAAAAUGUUAUAGUUAUUCAACACGAUGAAGUUCAGGAAGUUCAAUGAUAAUAAAGUAAUAUGCAGGGACAGCACAGCAUAUUUUGAAUUGGUGGAACUACGCGCGAGCCAAACGGGCGUCUUAAGCGCGAGCUUAUCAAGAGGGGACCGAGAGCAUGCUCCCCCACAAACGUUUGAAUAGUAGAGGUUCUGCAAUCGCCAGGAACGCGCAUAUUACUAUCCAUUAGAGAGACUGAGAUUCACGUUUACGCCAUACGGCAAACGUCAAUUUGUACCAGGUCACCCUUAAUUGUCGUUUGCUUUUAUUGCUUCUACUCAAAAAUAAGUGGUUUCACCCCAGUUUUAUCCAUAAGAAUUGUUGUGGACAGUUUUUAUCAGCAUAUUUUUUAUUCUGAGAAAUUCUCAACUUAAAUUUGACGUGUGCUGUUUGCCAUAUAAACGUGAUGCUUAUUCUCUCUAAUGCUGAGAAAAUUUUAUCGAAUCAUUAUCACAAAGACGUACAUUUAAAACGUAAUUGUAAUGUGAUAUGACGUUCAUUCGAAGAGACAAAAGCUUAAUAUUAAGGCCAUUCCUUAAAUGUACAUUUUUGUAAAAAAAAAAAAAAAAAAGGGGGGGGGUGGGCUAUAGCCCACUCAGCCCCAUAGCUCCGCGGUCCCUGAUAUUAUUUGUCGUUUGGACUGCUGACUGCCGCUCAUCUUGCUUUAAAUCUUUUUUUUUUUUCGUACCAUACUCCUUGCUCUAAUCGUAGUGGUUGGUUUAACUCUUUCUCAAUCCGCGACAUUCAUAGAAAAUGUGUCACGCAUGACCGAUAGCUCUCCACGGAAUUCCGCAACGUUCUUCUACCUGCAAUUCCUUCAAUGUAUCCAGGGCUCGAAGUUAUCUUUUUAGUGUACUUGCAAAGUUUUGCUAGUAAGAUUUUUUUCCACUAGCAAACUGGUGAGACCACAAGCAAUUUAUUUCCCUUUGUUUGGGAGACAUGGAUAAUUCUAACUCGCAAUCGUUUGCUAGUGGAUAUUUUUCUUACUCGCAGAUUAUCAAAAUCACUCGCAUUUUGCGAGUUUGCGAGCGUUAAUUUCGAGCCCUGGUAUCUUUCCAAUUUUAUAAGAGUGACAAACAACUAUAUGUUGCAGGAAAAAAUUGUCAAGGUUUCCAAUUUAUGCGAGCAAGUUUUCCUUGUAGUUAAAGGAUAACUCGGUCGUUUUAAUCAGUGUCUGUCCAUUCUUAUUACAGCGUUCUACCCAAGUUGCUGACAACUGAUGCACGUGGAUUUAGAAUGGCUUUAAUGGAGUUUGUGUCACAGUUGUCUAUGGUACCAGUCCCCCCAGCCGGUUCUCUAGGAAUAGUACGUUGUUUACUUUGUACGGCGGUGAUUGAUACUCCUAUUAAAUUGUCCAGGAAACUGGAAACGAAAUGCGUCCCACAGUUGUUUCUGGAACCGUUACUGGGGACGCGCCGGACAGCUAUUAGGGAGUUAAAGCAACGACGACGGCGACGGCAACGAAAACUGCAGAAAAGCAAUAUGUUUGGAUUCGCAAAACAACUACUUUGCACGUGCAUCACGCUUUCUUGUACAUUUCUUUGCCGUCGCUGCACGACUACGACGUAAAACGUCCUAAUUUGACGUUUUGUGUACAACGUGAGCUCAAGGUAGCGACUUUCAUUAUCUUUUGUCAACUUAGAAACAGACCUUUAGAAUUUACCUUCAGAAAAAUUCGUCAACUUUUGACAAAUUGAACGAGACAACCUCGUUCCCAGGGUUCUCUCCUUCCUAGGAACGAGCCGGGUUGGGAACGAGAUGGAAGAGGAAGGAUGAUGAUUGAAACAACGCGAAUCAAUGCACAUUUUAAGUAAAGUUUUCGACGUCAUCGCUAUCAUGAUUGCUUAAGCUCCCUAUUGACCAUUUUUUUGCCCGCUGUCCCAAGUAACAGUUGCAGGAGUCUUUGCGAAAGGUAAUUUGGUUCAGUUUAAGUCCUUGUCAUUUAUAAGGUAGCGAAUUGGUUUUGUUGUUUCUUACGGCCAUUAAUCAUUCAUACAGUGGACGAGGUCCUAUAUCUACUCAGCCGUUUUAUUCAUUUGACUGUUAUUUCAUUUUAUCUUGUUCAUCCAUUUCAUUAUUUCAUUAUUUCUUAUUCUUUCAUUUUAUUUCUCUCACUUUCUCUCUUUCCCAUUUAUAUGAAUAAAUUUUUAAUAAAUAAUUAAUUCAUUAACGAUUUUUUUUUCAAAUAAUAAUGUUCAAUUGAUAUUUUUUGCCGGCAGGAGUUUGGUUUGUACGGUGUUAGUCACGUUGUGAGACCUGCCGAAGAUCCUGGUUAGUGAGUUAAUAUCGGUAUUGUUUAUUAUUAUUAUUAUUAUUACAUUUUGCCCGUGGUUUACGAAGUAAUUUUUUUUUCCUGUCAUUUAAUUUCAUUUACAGAGACCAGAGUCAUAAAUUUGGACCUUCGUUAUCCGUUUCUUUCCUUUUCAUUGGAUGAAGUACUUCUGCUAAUAGGAUGUAUUUUAACUCAGCAACGGAUUGUGUUUCUGUCAUCCUCGUAUUCUCUACUCACGCCAGUCAUUGAGGUCUGCACACUCAGUAACCUGUGAAAACCGCCGACAUUGUGCGACGCAACCGCUGGUUCCCCGCGAAGUGACGUCUGAAAAACCACGUGUCACUACCCAGAUCUGGGUAGGGCUUCCGACUGGUUGAAGCAAAUUUCCUGGGGAAAUCAUUGAUGGCGUCGCAAAACGUCGGCUGUUUUCUCUGGCUGUACACUGAGAGACAGUACAACUGAACUGUGUUUGUAUUGUAUGGUCCUGUAGCGUUCAAGAAUCUAGUUGGUUUCACUACUUUACAGACCUUUUACACUAUGGCUUCAUUUGAAAUAGCUAACAAAGGCCUCCAGCAUUUGUUCGGUUAGUUCUCGCGCAAAGUAUAGCCUGCCAGCAACCUCUCCAUUUAGGCUUGUUAUCGCCAAAAUCGGUUAGAGAAGUUUGAAUUUCUCGAUAGCUUUGUUUUUUUUAUUAUUGUCCUUUGUCACGAAUCGAAGGUAAACACAAAGCAGUCUUGACUUGCCCUCAUAAAUUUUCCCUACCCUCCGAUCAAACUUGCUCGCUUGUAUGGCUUUAAGCGUUUACGAAGUCGUUCGCGUUGGGGUAUAUGAAACAAAUUAACUUCGCGACCGACAAGCGACGCGAACGAGUUCGUAAACGCUAAAAACCAUGCAAGAGAAAAAACCUCUGCUCGCCGGGGUAAGAGCUUGGUGCCAUCUAGUUGUAUUUGUGUGACUGGUUUAUUUGAUGAUGGGCGGGAAAAGUAAGAACUGUAGUUGAGUUUAGGUUUACGUCGUAUCAAUUUUGUACAAGGGUCUGUAAAUUUAAACCUUUCACUGAGUUGUGCAUGUUUCUUUAUCCACAGAGCUUUUUCACUUUUAUUCGACCUUUCUCGUGGAGCUGGACGUAUGUACCAAUUUUACCCAGGUACGUUGUGCCGCUCUGCUAGUUCUUUGAUGUGUGGUAUUAGGGACUCCGUUCAUUUAUCGCGGUAUAAUUCAUUGGUCCUUAAGAGGGCCCUAGUGAAAAGCCUUAUAAAUAAAUAAAAUAUUUAUGUAGCGCCAGUAUCCUUCAAGUUCAAAAGCGCUUAACGAGAACAUCAAAAAAAUAAUAAUAAAAUUAAAAAAAAACUUAAAAAUUAAGAAAAAGCUUCAAAUCUUACGACUAAAAUAAAAAUGGCUAAAAUGUUAGAAAAAUGCUUUUUUAAAAAGGAAAGUUUUAAGUCUGUUUUUAAAAACGGAUACGGAGGAGCUAUUCUUAAUGUCAGACGGCAGAGUAUUCCAGAGGUGUGGCUGCCACGGAGAAAGAUCUUGCACCGUAUGUUCUCAAAUUAACAUACGGAAUAGAAAGUAGAUGUUUAGAUGAUGAACGUAGCUGACGAGAUGGCAUGUAAGGUAUAAGUAGAUCGCAAAUGUACGAUGAUGCCAGAUUGUAAAGAGCCUUGUUCGUGAUGAGUAGAAUUUUAAACUUGCUUGAUGCGAUAAUUUAUCGGAAGCCAGUGAAGGUUUAACAAAAUGUGUUCAUGUUUUCUUGAAAGAGUGAUGAGGCGAGCAGCGCCAUUCUGGACGUGUUGAAUAACUUUUUAAUUUGGUCAGUCCGGUAGGCCAUAGAUUAAAGAAUUGCAAUGAUCCAAUUUUGAAAAUACAAAUGCAUAAACAAGUAUUUCAGUAGUGUUUGAUGACAGGUACUUUCUUAUAUAGCUGAUGUUACGGAGAUGAUAAAAAGGUGUUUUACAAAUACUUGCGAUAUUGGUGAAGCGGGCUUCCUGCGAAAAUAUUGUUUUAUAGUUUUGCUAUUUUCUUGUUUUACCUUUUCAGUGUCUUGCUUGAUUUAGUGGAGGCUCCUGGAGCGUUCAUUAUGGGCUGCCAUGCCCAGCACAAAAAGCAAGUUCAAAGAGUUGCAGCGGCGAUGGACGAGGUAAUACACCCUACAAUGUUUUUUUGUUCGAGUACCAUCGAGCAAGCGGAUAUCGAAACUCACCAUUUCCUUUACGUUGUUAAGUUUAAAUGGUGUUCGUGAACAGCGUUGUGAAGGAAGUAUUUUCAAAACAACACUGAAGGUAUUGCCAGUGGUUGGAGCUAUUUGCAUAGCAAAAAUUGAUGACUGUGUCUUCAAGAACUGGAAGUCAGCAUUUUGAUUUUGAAUUCCCAGUCGAAUUCGGAAACAGAUUCCCAGACGAAUGAAUGUCAGAUGGAAAAAUCAUUGUUUAGUUUCUAAAUUCACCUUUCCCUAUCGAAAGCACCCAAGAAUUUUAAAGAAACAAUUGUGAUUGCUCUAUGUGAGGAUAACGACUUGUCAAGAGGUGGCUGUUCUGCUAGGUGCUGCUGAGUGAUCACCAAUUUUGGGCUUUUUUUCUUUCAGUUGUCCGGUAUAGUGAUAGCUGAUAUUGACGAGGGAACAGUAACACCGCAUCCAAAUGCGGAAAUUCCUCGACUGCCAUCUAUUGCUGUCUCCUUGUAUAAAUUCAGGUAUUUCGACUUCGCUUUUAUAGCACCCCAUACUACCCAUACUGCACUUCAACUGAAACCGCCCCAGUCCCCACUGCUCCCGUUCCGCAGAAAUAUUUCAUUUCCGGCUGAUUCGUAUCCACUCAUUUAACGCCGGAAAUUCCAUAUCAUUGUGAAUCAUCUAUUAAAAUUAUCCUCAAACGAAAAACAGGGGGGAAAGUUACCCCAAACCUAAUCGUUGAUUAACAACCUGCGAUUUGUUCUCGAAUAUUUUCCGGAAUAAGAGAAGCAGAUGGCUUACCUUCGCUUGGUAGUUCGAAGCGUACUCGUCGGGAACACUGUCAACACUCGCGUGUGCUCUCGCAACUCGCUUCGCUCGCCUCUCUAAAUGGAGAGCGUGGUAUCGCCACUCGCCUCGCUCGCCUCUCUAAAUGGAGAGCGUUCUAGCAGGCUGCUUAUCACUUAGAAAAUAAAUAACCAAAAGAUCUUAUACAAUUUGUAGGAUGAAAAAUGCAGAAAUCCACUUUGACAGACUGCUGCUUCAAAGGUUUGUUUUCUGUACUUUUGAAUUUGAUAACUUGAUGGACUUUUACUUCUUUUUGCCUGGGCGUGUUUUAUACUCAUUGAAACCUGUUUUUACAUUUUUUAGACAGACAUUCUUCUCUAUGGAGGAACUAAAACGCGAACAAGAAAAAUUCGUGAGAAAAUUUCAGCAGCUUGUUUUAGCGGGUGAGUGUAUCUGGAAUUUGUUGCCGUUGUUUUUGUAUUUGAACCCUCAUAGACUGACCUUUCCCGCAUUCCUGUAAACAAAGGCAUCAAGUCGAGGUUCGGGUGGACAAAAGACAGUGAUUUGUAUGAAAUUGUCCACCAGAGCAUAGUUAAUUGAGUGGAAUGGUUAUGAAACCCGUCAGACUCCUUUGUUAUAUGUUUUUGUGGACCUGAAAGUGCGCAACGUUCAAAAGAAUUCCUAUCAUUUUGAUUGUAUUGACCAAUAAAAACGUUGCAUUAAUUUAUUCCGUAACAAUUUGCCAACAGAAAACAAAGGAUUGUGCACUUUCACGGUGCUUUGAACAUAAACUGCAGCACUGUUGUUUUUAUCAUUGAUGUUUGCCGCUUUUCAUAACCAGUCUCCUCUAAUAACUAUGACCAGAGCCUUGACCUCAUUUUUUUAUGUUUGCUCACUGGAGCGGAAUUUGGGAAAGGUCUAUUUCUACCUCCGCUUAAAGACAGUUUCAUACAUUUAGUUGCACUUUGCAUACCAGGUUACUUUUACACCAGUGAUAAACUCAAACGUCUAAGGGCCUGUUUACAUGGAGUGGGGGACCCCGGUCUAGUGGGGUUGGUUUCUUUUGUUUUCACGCUCUAGGGGACACAAAACAAAAGAAACCUACCCCACUAGACCGGGGUCCCCCACUCCAUGUAAACAGGGUCUAAGUGACCAAUUGAAUGAUCUGAAAAUUUCUUACGUUAUAAAUGUUUGUUUUACUUGUUAGUCUGUCCCAUCAACCGAUAAUCGUUUCCUUUCGCUAAGUUGCCUGAAAAUAAGGCAAUAACUCAUUCGUAUUCUUAUACGGUAUAAAGCUAAGUCGUGCAGUUUUUGGUUUGCUUAUCUUGGUUUGUUUUUAUUCUUUACUCUAGCCACGUUGGAGAUGAUGUUGGGAAUGUUUGGGUGAGUCAGUAGAGCUCGGGCAAAAUCAACGCUCUCAUAUUAUGAACUGUUUAUAGAUUACAGGUUACCGUGUUUUUUGUGGUAUGUGCGUGAACAUCAUUGUUAUUGAUUUACUUAGGGUGAAAUUAAAUAUCUACUCUUGUUCUUUGUUGGUCCGGAUUUAUUUCGCGUAAGAUUCUACUAAUUAUUGUAUUCUCUGUUUUAGUGACAUAAAAAACUACAUUGUCCGGCAGGAAGACGUAAGAUGAGCAAAUUUUUUUCAUUGCCUUUUUCAUCUUAAUUAAUAGACUGUUAACUUAAACGACCGACUGACUACGCAUUAAUGGGAAAAUAGCUUUUUUAUAUCAAUUACAUUGUUUUAGAGUCAUUUCUGCUGCUGGGAAAAAUUUUAUCAAAACACAUACCAAAAUACCAUAAAUACACGCGUGUUUGAAUCAGUCAUUCAGUGACCUACUAACUUGUGUUACUCUGACAAUACCUGCCUUUUAGCUUGCACGUCUUGCGAGCUUAUGGAAUUAUUUAUCUUCUUGUUUUAAAAUUCACGAAUUAUUUCUUCCUGUCAUGGGGGACUUAGUAGAGAGGGAGGCUUACUUGAAAAGGGGCGGGUUCUUACAGCUUAUAAUUAUUUCAUCUUCAGCUUUUCUUCGACAUGGAUUCCUUCAUUCAGUCAAAGCCUACAGAAGAUCACGACUUUUAUCGUGUGGUAAAUCUGAAAAAAUAUUACUUCCUGUCGUCACUAACCUGAGCACGCCAGGCCUCUUUUGUUUUUGUUUUUGUUUUUUUUUUUCGCGGUAAGGGCGGAGCAAUUGGUUGGAAUGAUCAGCGUCUAUUUUGUUGUGCUCGGUUUUUUCUUUUUUUUUUUCACUACAGUCGAAACCUUCUGUAAGCAACCUCCUAAAUGCCAGGAUUCGGUGGUUGCUUACGGUUGGUCAUUUGUGAAAAGUUCACUCUGCGUGAGAUGUGAGCAGGAAAAAAAAGAAGCAGCGAGGCGAGGGGUAGGGAAUAGGAAAAUAGCCUGAGAAAGCAGUCGGAAGCACUACCCAGAUCUGGGUAGGGACGCGUCGUCAGUAUGGAAUUUCUGCGCUCAUUUCACAGACGUCAUUUCGAGGGAAAACUAGUGAUGGCUGUUUUCUCAGGCUAGUAGCAAAACCGAUUUUGGAUAGCUGAUCGCAUUUGAGAAUGAGUCACUCAUAAAGAUUUCAUUGAAAUUAGACGAGGAUUACGACGUAGAUCAAUCAGUUCAUCACUCACGACUGACUUGUAUUGAUCUCUUUCAGGUAUGCAAAAGUCAUGCAUUCAGCACCUUCCUUUAUGAACUUAUGCAUGAUCCAGAAAAGACAGAUUACUUCACGCUAAAGGCACAGAAAACAAGAGUAGCGCCAAAGUAAGGCAUCGCCUGGGUUUGUCUUAUUUCUUUGCAUGUUCAGCUUCUAAAGGAAAGAGUGAGCGGUGAUGUGUUUACCCUGCCUCGCUACCCGACGUCUCUCUCGUGAUGUAAAUUUGCGCGUAAAGGAAGGCGGGAGGGAGAAAACGGGUGACUCCGAGACUUCGCUUCGCAGCCUCGCUUCCUCUCCUUCCCGUGGUCCCUUGCGCUUUGUCACCAGUCACUCGCGUUUUGUGCUCGCCUUUGUUUACGACCAGGGCCGGAUUGUUCAAGCAGGGUUAAGAUAAACCGUGGUUAAAAGUGCGAAAUUUGAAUUCGCAAAUGAAAGGUUAAAAAGAAAAUUCAGUUUAAUUCUUUUUGUCUAACGACUGAAUACUCUAAAAGUGAAUAGAGAAAAUUAUCCGAGAAAAUGCUUUGAAACUCAGGAAACAGAAACUUGGGUAACGCUACUCGGCCUUCAAACAACUGGACCCAGAGUGCGAAAAAACUAAGCGCCUGGCCCCAGUUGUUCAAAGGUGGAUAGCGCUACCCACUUUUUCCCUGGUAACCAGUCAUUAAAGUGUUUAUUAUACUUUCACACCAAGAACUUAGUUCGUUACUGAAGUAGGAUAAAACCUCAUCACAUUUUCAGACGUCUCUUUAUUGUCAUUUUGUGUUCUAGAGCAGUACCAUUGCGAAAAAGAAGUUCCUCCUCCGUUGCACGCAUUUCUGAUGAAUUCUUCGUGAAUCCCCAAGAAGAAUUAAACAUAUUUGUUCUUCCACCCUUUACAUUCGAGGGCGUUUACAAAGGUAACUGUAAUCGAAUGAUCAAAUACGUUCGGUUAAAUUGGUGAAAGAAUCCCUUUGAAAGCAUAAGCGAUUUUCCUUUUUGCUAGUAAACAGUACCCCAUAGUUUAUUCAAAAAUUCAUUAAUGAGGAAUGAGCUUCUAAUUUAGUCUGAAGGGUUAUUAGAGUGCAUCGCCAGUUGUACACAAAGUUUAAAACGUACAGGGAACUGAGUUCUCUCUUUUUGUUGUCUCCAUUUCAACCUUUCCUUCUUUGUAAAGUUGCCCAAAAAACGUUUUUAAGUUUGAAUGUCCGUUCCGUUUUAUUUCUCUGUCAUCUUCUUUUGUAGGUAGUUUUUAUGGGGACUACCUGAAGUCUUUGAAUGAGAAGAUCUCGGUAAGUAGGUCGCAAUAUCUAGUUAUGUAGCCCAUGUAUUGCGUGAAAUUGUCUUGAUUUUUGCUCCCUUACGCUCUUUGUUACUGGGAAUGGGCAUCUGUCCUUCACUGGCUUGUUGUUUUGUUUCUCUUCCUGUUGCUACUGCUUUUCUCGAUUCAUCUCUUAUGCCAGCAACCGUAGUACCCUUUCCUUUGCAGGGCCUUAUGGAGAAGUCAUCAAGUCUACUUGCCAACUAUUUGUAUCUGCGGGGAAUGUUACGUAUUGCCUGUGAACAGGACGUCAAGGUAUUGCUUAGUGAACCACUCCGUCAUGGCUACCUUGGACGUCUUAGAACGAGGCAGUUUGAUCGUUUUACUGCCAGAGAAAUUCCAAAUUACACAUCACCAGAUUAGUGCCACUAAAUAGUGAGGCCGAAGAGGCUUCGUUUGAUUUGCCAAGCCACAGGAUUUCAUUCACAAACUUAAAAUUCAACUUCUACAGGUUUUCAUGCUAAGACUCAAAAGUUAGAACUACCCACAAACGAAUAGUACCACGUGAAAGUAGUAACGGAACGGGAAGUUACAUUUGAAUGGUCGACCACAGGAAUUCAUCACCAGACUCCACAGCUAGUAAGAACUAUACAUACAUUGAAUGAUACCAUGUGAAAUUACUGCUAAAGAGGUUUCAUUUGAAUGGUAAACCACUGGAUUUCAUCCAACGACUCAACAGUAAGAGUUAUAUACAUACUAAAGUACUGCAAGAGCAGAUUCAUCUGACUGAUUGCACCAUAGGAUUGCAUCUACAACCUCCAAAUUUAGAAAGUACUUACAGACCGAAUAGUACAACGUGAAAAUACUACUGCAGAGGUUUCCACAGACUUGGAAAAGAGCUAGAACUGCAUCAAAACGAAUAAUACCAUGUGAAGGAACGACUGAAUGGUUCCGUGUGAAGAGGUAACUUUAUUGUCUUUAUCCCCAACUAGGCAGUAGAUGAUUUCUAUGGAGUUUCAUCAAAAAAUGUGCAACUUUUUCCUACCAAGUAAGUGAUUAUGGUUUCGUGACUGGUAAGCAAUUUUUUCUGCCUGUCCUGUCUGCUAAAGUCAUUAAAUGAUAAGCAUUAUAAAACUUUAGCAACACAUGGGAAGCGUAUCUCUGGAGAACCCUUUAUUAGAAUAAGUAUUUCUUACUGUUAUGAUUUGCCGCUCGAGUGAAGAAUUCACGCUUUCCUGGCAAAUUCAGUGACAGAUGUUUCUGUUGGCUUACGGCCGCCGUUUUGGGCCGUAUUGGUGCCACUCAGGGGAUAGCUUUGAUCAUACUCACCCUAUAUCUCGAUUAUGUCUUAAAAAAAACAACAGCAACAACCAAACAAACAAACAAAAACGCCUGAUCUCAGAUUACUCGGACAAAGAGUUUCUUUCAUGCGAAAAGUCACACAGACCUGAAUCUUGGCGAGACUGUCUCGCAUAUGUAUGUUCUUUUAUAUCCCAGGGUCUGUACUUUAUUUAUUGAUCAUGAAUGGUUUCGAUUUUUAAUUUUGGUUGCGUACCAAGGAAAGCCACCAGUCUAACUCUUUUGGCAAGUUAGGAGAAAGAACACAUUACCUAGUGUGUAAUUAAUGUUACUAGGACCGUGCAGGAGGUGCUGUGUAAAAUGAAGCCCGAACAACUAGGAGAGCUAAAAACCCGCCCAUUUUGGAGAAAAACAGAGAUGCUUAGAACACAAGCCAAGGUGAGCUUUGAUGCUUUUCUGGAAAGGGAUGGCUAUGUUGAAGUUGACACGCUAGCACUUAGAAGUAAUCAUAUCAAAGCUAACCUCCUUUUGUUAGCAAUUAAUUACGCAAGGCUUUUCAGCAUGGUUUCCCUUCUUUGUACCUUCUUGUUGUUCUUUAGGUCAAUUUAUGUCCCCAUAAAUUGUAGUUAAUGAGACAAUCAUGAGAAUUAUGUGUGUGUUGCGUGACAUGCAGUAAAAUAGGGUGGGAUUUCACAAGCCAAGUUCACUUCCGUUCACGUGCGGCUAUAGUGCAAUCUGCAGGCUUUAACCAAUCAGGGUGGUUUUCAUUUCAGUCAAUCAAGUCCUAGGGCAUCGAACACAAGUCUCGUGUUUAUUCAUUCCUUUGCUCGAGCAGGCAAAGAUUAUCUGCUUUGCUUCAUUCCAGUACAAAUGCAACUGAGACAUGAUGUUUGCCUAUUUUAACUCUUAUCCUUACAGGGAAAAAAGGAAUUCAGACCAGAAAGGUAAGAACGCUUUUCUUUUUAUUGACUGUUUGCAUUUCUCUUUCGCGGUAUCCUGCGUAGCAAGCGUUUGCAAUCGAGUUAGAGACAAAAAAAUACAAGGGAGAAGGGAAGGGGAGAAGAGGUUUCCUUCUCUCCCCUCCCCCUCCCCUUCAUUCCUCUUUUUUGCUCUCGUCACAACUUUCUCGACGAGCUCGCGCGGAAACACUUGCUACGCAGGCUUUUUUCAGAGUUUUGUUAGAUAGAUAGAUAGAAACUUUAUUAUUGUUGUUGUAGAUUUGACUGACACUGUACUCAGUCUGGAUUGCGUGCGGAUGCUGUCAGUAAAAUCUUGCCCAAACAGUCUAUUUUUAAGCUUCAAUUCCGAAAUCUGAGAGAAAACCAAAGAUGCUGUUAGUGUUAUUAAUAAAGUACUGAACAAUUUAAAAUGGCAAGUUAUUUAUUUAUUUUUUUAUAAUUAAUAGGAAAGAGGUUAUUACGUCGGCAGUGCCCCCUACACCUUUAGGUAAGUUUUCGUUAUCAAAAUUAAGGCAUCUCUCUGAAAAUGAAAAGUAUUUCCUUCAUCCGCCCUUUUUCUUCGGUUUACAGUUGGUGAUUUUUGGGUGAACUUCGGUCUCCAAGUGUCAAGCAAGAAGUAGAAUUUAUAAUCUAUGGCGGUUGGUCGGAUAGUAAAUGUUUCUUUCAAUGUCGUCAGUAUCUUUCGUGCAUGUUUCAUUGGUCCUUAUUUGAUUUUGUUGUAUUCGAGCAUGCUUUGACCAGCAGUAGAAUUUAUAAUCUAUAGCGGUUGGUAGGAUAGUAAAUGUUUUUUUUAAUGUCGUCAGUAUCUUUCGUGCAUGUUUCAUUGGUCCUUACUUGAUUUUUUGUAUUCGAGCAUGCUUUGACCAGCACGCUUGAGUUACGUAGGAUGGCGACAAAGACACUCUGGAAACUAGUCAUCUACGAAAUAUCGCAUAAGGAACUUUGCCUUUCACUGGUGGUUUUGGUCCUUUUUUCUGGUUCCAUAAGCUAAUUGGCCCCAAUUCCCCCUAAAUGAAUGCUCUAAUCUUCUGGAAGUUAUCGCAUCCUUUGAUUUUGUCCUGCCAGGUUUUUGAAUUAUUAUUUGGUCUAAUUUUUUAAUCAAAAUGAAUAAGUUUGUGAAUAAUGGAAAACGUUGAAUUACAAUUUAUUAACCCAGUAUCUAUUUUCUGGCUGCUAGAACUGCUAGAUUUUGAGAAGCACGUCAGUAGAUUGCAGAUUGCCUACAGCCAGGAUGCGGGCAAAAGGUUGUUUGAAGUAUUGAAGAACACAAUAACGGAAGGUAAAGUGAAUGUUUGCCUGUUUUUGAUUGACUGAUUCAUCGAUCAAUUAAUUGAUCGAUUAGUUGCUUACUUGAUUGAUUGACUGAUUGAUUGAUUCAAUAAAACAAAUGAAUGACUCGUCAUAUUAGAGAGUUCGCUUAAUCUCCAAUAAUAUUUUGCAUUUCAUUCUACUUGAUGGUGAGUUUAAUAAUUUUGAAUUCAUGUUUCCUUUUUAGUCGUUGAACCUGAUGCGUUUGCGUUAUUCUAUGAAGCUUUGACGGAGGUAAUUAAUUCGUUGAAAAAGUUUAAUCAAACACUUGUUGCUCCACACAUUGCAUUCGGUGAAAUUAAUAUCUUGAUAUCUUUAUAUUAUACACCCUUUUAUAAACCAUUGCUACAGUGCACGUGGAUAGAGAUAUUUUGCAAAUAACUUUUCUAAUGCUUCAGUCUUUUAUUUUGUGAUUUUUUUGGGAAGAUUUUUGUUUUUAAAUUUAAGCCAGAGGAUGAAGGAUUGGCCAAUACUUUCUGACCAAUAAGACAGCUUUCGGACGAAUGGUCUCGCACAACACUUCCUUACACAUAUUGCAUUUGUCUUUGAGCCAUUUAUUGUACCAGAGCAACGUGCAAAGCAUUAGCAGAACACAGCAAACAUGAUUAAUUCUAUCAUGCCGGGCGAGCACAUGUCCUUGCUCAUUCGCUCAGCAACUCUAGGUACGGAACGCGUGUAUACGAUACACGAAAUAAAAGUCAUUUUGUUCCAUUCAUAGGCCAGCGGUAAAGCAAGAAGUGUUACACUGCAUGAUUUAAAUCCCCCUCUAGAAGAAAACGAGGUGAGAGUAGUAUUAUUAUCGCUUUUAUUUUGAUUUCUAUUUGUUUGUUUGCUUUUUUCACUUGCUGCUAAAAAUUCUUAAGGCCCGAUUACUUCAGAAUAGCUCUUUCACGCAAUUCGCUGUAGUAAAGGAAGCCGAUGGCAAGCAUCGGAUUGGGAUUAUUGUUUACUGGAAUGCGGGAACAGUCUAUUCAACUUGUUAGAUGGUUGGUCCUCAGUGGAACCAACAAAUUGCUAGAUUUUAUGCUGCUUAGUGUUUUAAGGAAAGAUUUUUCUUACACAGUACGUCCUGAAGAUCUCGCAGAUGAUAAAGACGAGUCGCGGAGUGGGCUAUCUUGUUCUCACCGUCAAAAGGUAGAUUUCGACAAAGAUACGCAUGUUAAGAGUAUUUUUUAACUUAAAAGAAAAGAGAGAGUCUUGUCAGGAAAUGGAAAUGUCCAGUAGUGAAAUUUAAAAGCCUUUCAUACAUCUGAUAAAGAAAGCAUUUGCUAGCGAGUAGAAUUCUAUGUACGUCUCCCGGUUUAUUCAAGUAUUAAUAGAAGAACAUCACCAAUGAGUGUUUUAUGACGUAAUGUAAUCCAACAAACCAUAUAUAGGGCACGACUGUCAAGGAGUGGGGGUUGCGCAUUUCUUUGAAAUGAACUCCCUAUCUAUUGUCAGGGUUAAAGUACAUGUGACUAUCAAUAGGCAACAAAAUUAGAUGAGACACUUUGCCUUAAAAGGGCUUUUGUAAUCUUUUGCCGGCUCUAAAAGCCGGGAAAUAGACCUUUUUACCUAUACGGUGGCCAUAUUGAAUUAAUUCGAUUUAAGGAGUAUUAUAGGAUGCCCAGGGGGCAUGAGCACUUUUUCCCGACAAAUAUAAGUGAAAGUCUAUAUUUCUAAUACUAAACUAGAAAAAGGCGAUCAUUAUUACAUCAAAACACGGCACAAGGAUCUUUUUUCCCAUUACAAUCUUAUUCUAAGAAAACUUUAACAAAAAAUGUCCCGAAAAGAGCUCGAAAAUACAAACGAAAUGUGCUCAUGCCCCCUGGGCAUCCUAUAAUACUCCUUAGCCGCCGUAUCGGUAAAAAGGUCUAUUAAAGCAUUCCUUCCCCACCCCCUCCAAGCAAUGUUGGUCGCUGAUGAUUCCGUGAUACCAUAUUUUUUUCUUAGGUUGUUAUUCUUGGAAAACGGAACACAUAAAUGUACUUCUGUCAUCGACAUUAAUGAUAUAGAGACCGUGGAAGCAUUAACCUUCUCCGGAACCAUGCGGCCUCGUGGAGUUACAGCUAUUAAAAUAACCAGCGAACGUAAGUUUUCUUGGUUCCCCCUACUAAAGUGAACCGAACUCAGAUGAAAUUUAAGGCAAUUUUUGACAAUGUGUUUCCAGAAAAGGUGUUGACGGUGAGAAUAAAUAAACGAGGAUGAAAUGUAUAUGCUAUGUUCUUAGUGAAAAUGCACUUUUGCUAGUUUACAGGCGCCCUUCUCAGAUAAUAAUAAUGUUCUUUGUCAGUACCCUUGGCAGUAUUUGUAGCACAAAUGCUUGGGAGGUAAAGCAAAUGUCUGAAACAAAUAAUUCAAAUAAAACUAUUCACAAACUUGGUCGAGGAGUUCAACUCAAGAUGACAGAGAAAAAUCUACCCACUGGUCAGAGCAUGAUAUGAUUGCAAAUCCAGCGCGCUGAACACUCGGCUACGCUUCCCCGCUGUAAUAUAACUAAGUGAUUGGUCUUCAGAAGAAAAACUUGAUACUUACUUUUCUUUGUCUUUUCUUUGUCUUUUCUCUUCAGUUGAUCCAUCAAAGUCUUUUGUAGCAUCUGUCAAAGAAGAGAAGGACUUUUGGCGCAAUUGUCUGCUGGAAAUGAAAGCUGGAUACGAAAUAGCAGAUGGUAAGACCAGGGUAAAGUAGGGUAUAGAACGAUGUUAUUCGAAGAUCAUCGCUUAAUAACCAUAUCUCCCACCAGAGGAUAGUAAUCUUGUCUGUCUACGUGCAUCGGGUAGCUGCUGAUCCAAGAGAGUUGUUAAUCGUUUCAUUUUUCUGUUUCUUAUGUCAGUUGUGGUCACGUCUACUCAUUGUUUGUCUCAUAAGUUCCCCUAUCACCAGAACCCUAAACGAUUACAUUCUUCCGUCCUCUAAAAACCGUUGGAAAAUUAAGCUCUUGCUCUAAUGGGGACUACGUGGCUACAAAAUACAUGAAGUCCCAUUUGAAGAUAAACUAUAAUAUUUCUUAUGAAGAAUUCUAUAUAUUGUGUGUUAUUUUCCCUUUUUCAAGCUUUGAGGGACUCGGAAAUCAUAGAACACGCUGCUCAAAACGUGAUCAUGGCAGACGCUUUAAGUUCUAUGAGGUAUUUGGCCCUUGUAUAAAAGACAACAGUUAGUGAAGUUCAUGCUGUAGUGAGCUUAAAGAGGAAAGUGCUAAGUUAAGAUAAUAGUCUGGCAUGUUUUGUGUUAUUCGUUGUUUCUCUAAAAUGACGGAAGCUGUCUUACUCCUUGUUUCCCCACCCCACCCCUCUUCAAACGUCCUUAGACAGUAUGCCAGUAUAUGACCAGACCGAGGAGCACUAAUGUCUCAGAAAUCAGGCUGGCUCAUUUAUGCAAAUUUAGUCGCUGUUUUGAAUCAGAGUCCAGUUCUUCAGGUCUUCCCCUAUAACUCAAUUAGCAAACGGCGGUAAUGUCUGUCUAGCAGCUCGCAUAUUACAAAUAUUGGACAUAUUGAGAUUGUGCUUGAGCCUGGGUCUGUUACGUUUGUGUCGAAUUGUACUGUGGGACUGUUUUGGGGGAAGCUAUCGAUUUUUUUAUUGGCUAUUACGAAGUUUUUACGGCAAACUGGGUCCAAAUUCGUCCUCCAAAACAGUUCCAUUGCGUAAUGCGACAGAGAACCUAGCCAGUGUCGUGCCCCACCUCAAAAUGAUACGUCGACGCUCGAAUGUUAUUCUUAGUUCUGUUCACACCAGUAACCCGCACAUCCGUUACAUUUCUUGGUAUUUUUUGUCUUUUCCGAUUGUUUUCUUGAUCCCUUAUGGAAAAUUCGUGAGCUAGAAGGUAAUCCCCUGGGCCGAGUUGUUCAAAGCUGGGCUAAGAUAACCCAGGGUUAGUGCGAGAUUUGAAUUCAAAUUUGAAAGCUUAGAAAGCAUUUCAGUUUUAAUUCUUUUUGUCUACAAGUUGAUGAUUGGAAGCUCUAAAAAAAGCACAGCAAAUUAUCCGAGAAAAUGCUUUUGAACACGAGAAAAAGAAACCCGGGUUAAGCGCUGAUCUGCCUUCGAACAACUGGGCCCUGAAGUGCAGCUAACCACAGGCCAGUUAGUUGAUGGCAUUGCAGUAUAGUGUUUAGUUAAAUAUCUAAGUGUGCUAUCAGUCUAUCAUGUAUGACUAUUUCCUUUUCCAUCUUUUCGCAGUGGUUUCCCCGAGGAACCUUCAGUUGUAAGACAACUUUGCUUUUAUUACAGUUAAUGCAUGUUGCUCUGUACUCUUUUCUUCACACCAGGGCGAAUUUAUACUGAGCACAAAUAAAACAUGUUGAGCUAUCGGAAUAGCGUUCAUAUCACGCGGUGGAUUUUGUUAAUAGGUAGAAAAGAUUCACGUUUACGGCAAACGUCAGAUUCAAGUUAAGAAUUUCUCGGAAUAGGAAAUAGGCGGAUAAAAACUGUCAAGAACAAUUCUUAUGGGCAAAACUGGCGUGAAAUUACUUAUUUCUCAGUAGAAGUAAUAAACAGUAAACGACAAUUAAGGGAAAACUAGGUCACGUGGUACAAAUUCACGUUUGCCGUUUUGCGUUAACGUGAAUCUUAAUCGAACGACUGCGUAUUACACGAGUCAUCUUCGAGCAAAACAGUUUAGAGCACAUUUCGUUGUCUCUUGCAUUAAAUUGCCUUGUGUUGUGUUUAUUAUGAUCCUAAUUAUGAGUAUUGAACUUUUAAAAACGUGGAAGCAGAAGUCAUUUAUUUUCAAGGGACCUCACGAAACUACGACGGCGAUGGUCAUGUGACUUGCAGGAGGUGAAAAUGGCGGGAACGCGAAAAAAUGCCGAGUCCUGGCUCUGAUCCCUGGCUCGAGUCCUGGCUCGGAGUCGUGGCUCGGUAUAUAGGCAUCCUCAAAGACAACGUCAAAAAAGCAAUAGGUUUAGUGAACAAAACAACAUCUCUGCAUGUGCAUCACGCUUUUUUGUACAUUUCUUUGCUGUCCCUGCACAACUACGACGUGAAAAAACCAAAUUUUAAGUUUACUUGAGAACGGGAACGGCAAGGUGAUAAAUUCUACCAUCUCCGUCUUAAUUCGGAUGCGGUUCCUUCUCUUCAGCUCCAACCAAAAUUCCCUUCUUUUAAGUAACAGGGCGAAUUGGAAUAUUCGCGAAAAAGUUUUAAAAGGAUGCGAAGUCUAUUUUUCAGCGACGUUUUCAUGGACGUCGCCGUUGUCGGAUCGUAAGGUCCCUACUAUGGUCACAUGACAGAGCUGACUCCCAAUCAAUGUUAAUUAUACUUCAGAAAAACGUGUGAUAAACCUGAGCAAAGUCGGGCCGACGAUUUUUAGGUUUACCUAAAUUCAAUCUCAAGUUGUACUCCUCAAUGAUUUUAUAUUCAGUUUUCGUUUGUUUUUAUCGGGAAAAUGAGAGGUCAUGGGGAUGAAAUUAAAGUAACAGCUGAUUGAAGUUAUUUGCACUACAUAACCCCUUCCCAUUAAUCUGAAUCUAACGUAUAUUUUAUUCGCUUUUUGGCUCUGUAGCUCGUCCUUGACUCCAAGAAAAACGGUUUGAAAAAUAAACUGUCUAAACAUACCAGAGAGGUAAGUAGUUGUUCCUUUGCAUUAUAAAGUAUCAUCGGGUUUUAAAGGGUAUAAUUUGGAUAGGCACGAAUCACAGUCAUAAAAUCAUUUCAGGCAAUACUCAAUGGCUUUAGCACCCAGGAGUUGAAAGUAGUGGCCGCUCCCUUCCAAAUGAGAGUGUAAAUAUUUUCAAGCAAAUAAAGAAUUGCGCGAAAUACAGGGAGAGCGAAAUUCCUUUCGUCUAUCGUUCGCGCGGAAUUUCGCUAAGGAUUUUCGAGGAUGCCUCCACGAACUCAUUAAACAAUUUCACUCGUGUCACUUCGCGCCUGUUUUGGUGAAUGUGAACUCGACUGUUUUUUUUUUUUAUAGCGAUAACUUGUUUAGUUCUUUAACUGCACUCAAAACAUACUCCAGUGCAUGAAAAGCUAAGGAAAUCUCAAAAUUUCGCGUAAAUACUUCCCGUCUCGCUGAAAGCAUUUAACUUCUACCGUUAAUUAUUCUAACCUACUUCCUCGAACAAAAACUGUGUUUAGUGUCUCUUAAAUGAAUUUAAUUCGAGGUUUUACGGUAUGCUAGAAAGAAGUCUGUUGUAUCGUCUGACGCCAUUUCUGUCCCACUUGCACUAUUGAUACACAUCCAACAUUGUUGUCACAUGACAAACGCAUUUUUGCCCAGGAAAGGAAUAUAUUCUAAUGGUUAUAGGUAUUCCAAGCAGUCGAAUCAAGAUAUUUAAGUGUGCCAUUAUUCUUUUUCGUUAUACCUUGCAAACAGACGCUCUUAAUGCGAGUGCGGCCAUCACCUCAAGACAUGGAGAAAACAACAGUAGAGGCUUUGCUUUAUUUGUCUGGCUGUAAGUAGAGUUUUUCUUUAGUCCGGUUCUGGUUCCUUUCUCUUUGUCACGCAACGCCGGGAGAGGGCGUUGCGUGACAAAGAGAGAGGGAGAGAGAGAGAAGGGCCAGAACUGGACUAAGUGUUUGUGUAUUGUAAACUUAGAAUUUUUCAUUCCAUGCUGUUGAGACUCUAGACCUUCCAAUCAUUUCUCUCUCUCAGAGCAUCAAUUUAAAGACAAAAUAGAAUGUUUCGUACCAAUCGCUCGAACUUCGUCGGCAAUGUAAAAUGUCUUAAGUUAUGCAACAGAAAGGUUGUUACGUAUUCCCAGGAGAGGAUUGUAGAUGGCUGGAAGGCCCAUUCCCUCAUCCCUGUUAAGAGAGGGUUUUCUUCGUUUGACGGCAGUGGCCUCCUUGACACGGCGCUUGAUGGUGAUAUUUUUCUCUUUGUUCAUCAAAAAAGUCGUGCAUAUGGGCUUCGUAUUACUUCUAUCGCUAAAUACUAAUUACUAUACCUAUGAAAUAGGUUAUUUUUUAACCAUUUAACCUCAUCUUUUUUUUUCUUCUUUUUUUUUCAGCAAAAGGAAGCAGUCCAAAGUUGUGGUGUGCUAUGGUAUGUGGUGAAUAAUGCUUUAGAAAGCAAUACUGACCCAUUGUUAGCCUGAGAAUAGACCUUUGUCACGUGGCGGCCAUUUUGUCUCAAAAGAUUUAAAAAGCUUUGUUUAUGCCCGGCUAGCCUCGUUCUCUCUACGAGGCUAGCCGGACAUGAAGAGAGCUUUUUUAAUCUCUUGAGACAAAAUGGCCGCCACGUGACAAAGGUCUAUAAGCUCCUGACUUGGUGGAUAGGACUUGGAAGAGAAGCGGGGAACGAAAUCUUUCACAAAAUCUCGUCAUUUUAGUUUUCGCUCCCUCCCUUUCCCUCUCGUGUCUUCCAUUGCUCGAAUUAAGUAGUUUACAAGCUAAACCAUGAAAUAAGUGCGUUCCAUGAACAAACCUUGUGCUUAAUAGCUGGGGAAACGAAUUUGGGAUAGUGGAACCGCCGGUUAAGUUGUUCAAAUGUUACGAGAUUUUUCUCUUGGAGACUGUACUCCACGUUUUUUGCAUUCACACUCCAUUCAAAAUUUCUGAGAGAGGUCACAAUUUUAUUUUUGGAGUACAAAAACCUGGCACUAGUGUUUUUGUUAUGGUCACAAAUGAUCUUUUGUCUUUGCUCCCCGCUUUUUCUGCUGAUCGUCUUAUUUCAUUUGUUGUCCUAGGGAUCUGGUGUCAUUGUCGUGAUUGAUGCUAACCCUACCUUAAAAAAAGGGACAGACCUGGCUUGGGAGUACGAGACUCACAUGAGGCAUGCAAAGGAACGAGUGGUGAGCCGUGAAGUUUUAUGAGAGACCUUUAGAUUCGAGGCCCGUAGUAGAAUGACGACGGCUAUCGCGUUUUCCCGCCUAAAUGAUUCUGGUUUACGCGCGCGUAUUGUGUGACGGCAGGGGGCUCAUUUUGAACGCCAUUUUUUUUUCGUUUCCUGUUGUGCUGAUGUCGUCCUGGUUCACAUUACGUCUUAAAGGGACGCGAUCACGGUUAUACGCAUGCGCGCCGUUUGUCUCUUCAAAAUAAAUUUGUUGGGUCAACACUAAAUUCGAAAUCGCCAUUACUGGUACAAUCAUUGAAAAUCCUUCGUUUUAUUCCGACAUCCGUCGCAAGUAGAGGCACAAGCGCAACCAAAUGAAAAAGUUCCUUUUUCUUGUGCUUAUAUGUAUGCCACUGUGCUAAACAGGCAUCACCACAUGAGAUGCAUUCAACACUGCUGAUUCUAGCAAUUUACAGGACAUUAUCACACACCAACCAAGUAACUGUUUUUGCUUACAAUAAAGCGGGCGUUCAUUGCUUGCGUUACUACGCUGUAACACCAAAUAAUAACCGUCUUGUUCUUGUUUGUAGAGCUGCUUGUUAGCCGUUGGAAACAACCAAGUCUGGGCUGGUUCCCUAGACACAACUAUUUACGUCAUUAACACGCACACCCGAAAAGGUAAGUUAUGCCAUAGAGGAAUGUUUCUUCUAACAUCCAGACACCGAGAAUGCAUUUUUAAACGAGAAGUACACGAUUCCAUGGUUAGGUCCCAUCUCCUUUGAGUGAAGUUGAAUGCAUUAAUGUGUGAGUAGUUUAGGAUGACGCGAUUAUGUCCCAUCUCAUGAGAGUAAAAUGGAUUACGGUACCGUGUGACGAGUAUAGGAUGACGCGAUUAGGUCCCAUCUCAUGUGAGUAAAAUGGAAUACGGUUAUGUGUGAGUAGUAUAGGAUGUCACGAUUAGGUCCCAGCUCAUGUGAGUAAAAUGGAAUACGGUUAUGCGUGAGUAGUAUAGGAUGACGCGAUUAGGUCCCAUCUCAUGUGAGUAAAAUGGAAUACGGUUAUGUGUGAGUAGUAUAGGAUGUCACGAUUAGGUCCCAUCUCAUGUGAGUAAAAUGGUUUACGGUUAUGCGUGAGUAGUAUAGGAUGACGCGAUUAGGUCCCAUCUCAUGUGAGUAAAAUGGAAUACGGUAAUGCGUGGCUAGUAUAGGAUGACGCGAUUAGGCCCCAUCUCAUGAGGGUAAAAUGGAAUACGGUAAUACGUGACUAGUAUAGGAUGUCACGAUUAGGUCCCAUCUCAUGUGAGUAAAAUGGAAUACGGUUAUGUGUGAUUAGUAUAGGAUGACGCAAUUAGGUCCCAUCUCAUGUGAGUAAAAUGGAAUACGGUUAUGUGUGAGUAGUAUAGGAUGUCGCGAUUAGGUCCCAUCUCAUGUGAGUAAAAUGGAAUACGGUUAUGUGUGAGUAGUAUAGGAUGACGCAAUUAGGUCCCAUCUAAUGAACUAUCGAAUACGUAAUGAUUUAAAUAAUGAUCUUUUAGAGUCUCUUUUUGUUGAAAUCAGUAAGCCACGAAGUACACCAUUUCUGGUCGGUACUUGGUAUCGACCCCCAAGUUCUCCACCCAAUUUAUUUAGCGAAUUUGAGAAUGUUAUUGCUAAAAUUGACGCGGAAAAUAAGGAAUUAUAUUUACUCGGUGAUAUUAACUGCAAUUUGUUGCCUGAAGCAAUUACAGUCAAUUCGUCCCAUCUGAUAAACAUUUUCGAUAUAUAUGGUCUUAGUCAGUUAAUCAUUGAACCAACACGUGUCACCCAGAACUCAAAAACAUUAAUUGAUUUAUGUAUAACGAACUCCCCAGAUAAGAUUACAAAUUCCGGUGUCAUUCACCUUGGCAUAAGUGAUCAUUCUCUUGUUUUUUUGUCACGUAAGACUCAAUACUGCCGUAUUGGCCCUCGCGUGAUUGAAACACGGCAAUUUAAACACUUUAACAGAGGAAAAUUCUUAAGUGACCUCAAUCAACUACCUUGGGCCAAUGUUAAUUUGUAUUCUGAUCCCAAUGAAAUGUGGCAUGUAUGGAAAGAAAUGUUUCUUGGCUGCGUCGAUAAACACGCACCACUUAAAUCCAAAAGAAUUCGGAAAAAACGAUCUCCAUGGAUUACUAGAGAGUUACUGAGCAAAAUCCGAAAACGAGAUUUCCUUAAAAAGAAGGCAAUCUCCUCCAAUAACCCGGCUAUAUGGGAUCAAUUUAGGUGUGCAAGAAAUCAGGCAAAUAACGCAAUUAAACUCGCCAAAAAACUCUAUGUUUCUGACAACCUGGAAGCCAACAAAGGUAAUUUGCGCAAAACAUGGAAUGUUAUCAACGAGCUAACUUCACGUAACAGUGGUAAGUCGACGAAUAUUUUGGAGAUCAAGGUAGAUGAUAAAAUAGCAAGUAACCCUUUGGACAUUGCGGAAACUAUUAACGAUCACUUUACAAACGUUGCGCAAGUAUUAGCACAAGAUAUUCCUGUUGUCGAUGUUAAUCCUGAGUCUUAUUUAAAGCCCACUGAUCAUUCGUUUUCUCUGCAAAUUCCGAGUGUUGAUAUUGUUUCUAACGUUUUGUCGAAAAUUGAUGAAAAGAAAGCCACCGGUCUUGAUAUGAUUCCGAGUAAAUUGUUGAAAAUGGCUGCUAAUAUCGUCGCACCCUCUCUUACCUCAAUAUUCUCAAAGUCUAUUCUCACUGGGAUAUAUCCAAACGAUUGGAAAACAGCCAAAGUGACUCCACUUUUUAAAAAGGGCAUUAAAUCGGACCCUAACAACUACAGGCCGAUAUCUGUAAUCCCUAUAAUUUCGAAAGUUUUUGAAAGAAUUGUUUAUAAUCAACUUUUUCCAUUAUCUAGAUGAUAAUAAAUUGCUACUAGGUUGCCAAUCAGGGUUCCGUUCUCUACAUAGUACGCUCACGGCUUUGCUUGAGGCAACAAAUGCUUGGUCAGUAAACAUCGACAAUGGCCUUCUAAAUGGCGUUGUCUUUAUUGACCUUACUAAGGCAUUCGACACCAUUGAUCAUGAGAUCAUCUUGCGUAAGAUGUCGUACUUGGGUGUCGAUCAGGCAGCUAUAAAAUGGUUCUCGUCGUACUUAAGUGGCCGAACCCAAAGAUGUAAUGUCAGUGGCAAACUAUCAUCUGCUCGUACCCUCAGUUGCGGCGUGCCGCAGGGUAGCAUAUUGGGUCCUUUGCUAUUUUUAAUUUACAUUAAUGAUCUUCCCAACUCCCUGCGGGGCGCCGUACCAAGAAUGUUUGCCGAUGACACCAACCUUACGUUAUCUGCUAAGACGUUAACAGAGCUUAAGCUAGCUCUAACCCCUGAAUUAAAUAACCUUAGCUGUUGGCUGAAAGCUAACAAGCUCAGUCUAAAUGUUGCUAAAACAGAGCUAAUGAUUAUUGGAUCAAGACAAAGACUAUCUGCCCAAUGUGACGAUGUAGAAAUCAGAAUUGAUGACCAAAUUAUUAAGAGAGUCGAUCAUACCAAAUCCUUGGGUCUUACCAUAGAUGCUCAACUCUCUUGGGGUAAACACGUUGAAGAGAUUUGCAAGAAAGUCUCUUCAGCUAUAGGCGCCCUAAAACGUGUGCGGCCCUUUAUAUCCAAAGAAACUGCAAUUCAAAUUUAUAACGCUUUAAUUAUGCCUCAUUUUGAUUACUGCAGCCCCGUCUGGGACUGUUUGAGUGGUUACUUGAGUGAUAAGCUCCAAAAAUUACAGAAUCGUGCAGCCAGAGUUAUUACUAAAUCACCCUUUGAUGCGAGCUCAAACCACCUUCUCUCCACCCUCAGCUGGGAGAGGCUAUCUCUUCGACGAAAGAAACAAAAAGCCGUAAUGAUGUAUAAAACCAUGAAUGACCUUGCUCCAGAAUAUCUGCAAAGUCUUUUCUCUCAGCGUCACUCUGCUUACAACUUAAGAAACUCUGAGGGAAGGCUGACCUUGUCCAAACCAAGCACCAAUUAUUUGAAACGAAGCUUCUCUUACAGCGGGGCCAUGUUAUGGAAUAACUUGCCCAAAAACUUAAAAAACGCUGCAUCCGUUGAGCAUUUUAAGCGAAAUAUCAAGAAGGUAGCUGAUAUAUCGGAUUCCCACACGGCAAUCAUGUAAAGCAGUUGUAAUUAGUUUUAGUUUUUAACUUAAGCUUAACUGAUGAUUUCCCGUGUUUAAAUAAAGAUUUACAUACAUACAUACAUCUCAUGUGAGUAAAAUGGAAUACGGUUAUGUGUGAGUAGUAUAGGAUGUCGCGAUUAGGUCCCAUCUCAUGUGAGUAAAAUGGAAUACGGUUAUGUGUGAGUAGUAUAGGAUGACGCAAUUAGGUCCCAUCUCAUGUGAGUAAAAUGGAAUACGGUUAUGUGUGAGCAUUGUAGGAUGACAUGGUUAAGUCCCAUCUCGUUAGAAUGAAGCGAAAUACAUUACAUGUAAUAUGUGAGUGUUAUAGGAUGCCACGAUUAGUGCCCUUCUCAUUUGAGUGAAGUGGAAUACUGACUAAUAUGUCUGUACUGAUGCAUUGUCCAUUGCGGUCAAGUAUUUUUCUGAUUCCACAUUUUUGUUCUUUAGCCGAUCAGCAACUGUUAGGUCAUAGAGACAGUCUUUCACACAUGAUAGAAAUACGAGAUAAACAGGGGUAAGUUUAUAUUUCUUUAUUUGAUUAAUUGUGAUUGUACACAGACGCAAAGUCUUUCACACAUCUCGUGCGCAUUUAUAUUCAAAUUGUAUUAUAAAUGGAAAAUGCGAUGCACUAAAAAAUCAUAGACAUUCUUAAAUGAGCUGAAAGUUUCAUCUUUUUCGUGAUCCCAAAACAACGUGUUCUGUUUUGCUUGUUGAUAUCGCCUCAUCCUUUUUAUUAGUUUAUGUGUUCUUGUUUUUUUUUUAUUAUUAUUAUCAAUUUCUGUUAUUUAACGGAUGGAUGAUAGGUAGGUAUACCUGGACGAUAAAAUGGCCCUUUGGAGUCCCAGGUUUUUCAUUUUUGUUAGGUUUACGGCAAAGGGAAGUUGUUUGUUACGUUUUAGUUUUCAGUAUUGUGAUUUAGAUGAGAUACAAGCAAUCGAUGUUUUGUCUAUAAAGAUCGUAGUUACAGUCGAAGUUGUAUUGAGCCGCCGCUCUGUUUUUAGCGACAAUUUACCAGAGUCCCGAAGGAUUGUCGCAGUGUCUUUUUAUCUUAUUUUGUGGUCAUUCCACAGGCACACCACCGUGUGGAGCGCCAGCUCGAAUGGCCAGAUUAUAGGCUGGGAUCCUGUGACUCUUACAGCUAAAAAGGAGGUGAGAAGAAGACUCAUGAGUAAUUUUUAAGUAGUGCACUUUUGGUGUGUUGACAAGUGUUUAGAAGACAGUGUUUCAGGUCUUAGCUAAGUUAUUCCUAAAUGAUACGGCGGUAAGCUGUUAGGACACCACAAAAAUCCGACAAGAUUUUUUUGCUCUUCUUAUGCACUGGAAACUGCAACUUUGUCCAAAGUGCCCUGCAUGGUAAUCAUUGAAGAAAGAUGAUCAAGUUGAUGUUCUCAGCAAUUACCUGAGAGGCACUUGAUAUUUAUCACGUUGCUAGCUUUGGACAAAGGGAAAGAAAUCUAGUCUCCAGCUACUAAUUUUUCUUCCUUGCGUUCUAUUUCUCUAUUUCCUACUCUUUCAUUUCCCGAACUUUUUUUCGCUUGUCAGCCCCGCUAAUUUUUACUUUCUUGAACAAAGGGGGAAGGAGGAGGUAUUUCUUCUAAUAUUUUAUACUGGCGGUACUUUAAAUUAUUAUGAUUCGCGUUUUUGUCUUCGUAGCUUGAGGUCAAAGUAGGCAGGAAAGACGAGAAAACCCUUCACUGGUUUUGUGCCGUUGGAGAGACGUUCUGGUGUGGUAGGUGUCACAAUAAUGCCCUGUAUUGCUAUUCAUUUAACCAUGUCAGUACAUUAAAAUCCAGAUUUUUAUCCAAAAAAGAAGAACUAAUACAUCCAACUUUUUGUGACGUUAAAUACCCGACAAUUACUUCGCCACUUCAUAACCUAUAACCUAUAAACGCUUUCUUGGCAACGGCUUCAGGGAUCGUUUGCGCGACUAUUGCCUUAGUCAUGAGUAGUCGAUGGUAAACAAAAUCAACAUUAACCAAUCCUUUUUUAAUCCUUUUUUAUACUGUCCACCCAAAUAAUCCCAGCAAUCUUGGCGCCAAAACGUUAUACCCAUUCUACGCGUAGUUCAUGGAGUUACGAAUCGAAGAAUGCGAAAGUGAGGAUCUUACUCACUCCUAGACUGUUCACAGUCCCCUAUUUUUCCGUGACAUGGUCGAGAUAUAGCGUGUCUUACCGUUAAUGGCGACCAUCUUGAUUUUCAAAUGUACCUAGGGGGCGGGCGUCGGAGAUUGUACAUGAGCUCUAGGGGGAGAAGGGCGAGAAAAAUAGACGGACUCAGUAAUAACAUCACUGCAGCUCGCGCUCACGGAGCGCGAUGUACCAGCAACGCAGGCGUUUGAUUGGUCAUUACACAAUAGAUGUUAAUUUGCGUUGACAACGGGUUUAGUUUAUGUUGCCGACACUGACAAGUUGUGGACAAGUCCUCGUUUCUAUAAAAAGUACGCUUUCAUAAUGCCAAAGGCUCGAAGCGGAAGGCUCGUGAUUUACAAGCUUUUCGAGUGUUCCCCCAACAUCUCAACUGGGUUAUCACGCCGGUAAACCCGUAGAAAGUGUAGUCUAUUGCUUUUAUGAAAUAACUUUAAGUAAAACUAUGAGGUUACCGGCACAAUAAACCAUAGUUUUUUAACCAAUCAGAACGCGUGUACUAUCUUAGUUAUUUUAUUAACGUACUGUGUUCUUCAGCUCUUCUUAACAGUACUGUCUUAUAUUUUCAAUAGCCACCAAGUUUUCCAUUUAUGUAGUUAACUACGCGAAGGGUUAUGAAGACGCCAAAGUACUGACCCCACAGAACGAUCAGCCGAUGAGUAUUGACUGUAUGUGUGCUGUCUCUGACACUCAGGUGAGUGUUACUCCAUACAUCGUGGAAUGACAGACUGUCAUUUACUUGCCCACCACAAAUCACUCGCCAAAAAUCAUCCAUAAAUGGUUGGGUAAACAAUGCGUGGAUCUUGCUGAUUAUCUAUUCCUGUGAGCAAACUGGGUCACGAUUCUUUCUAGCUUUUUCUUGACUGAAAUUCUCUUUGCCCAUUUGUACUCACAAUUAGGUUUUGUUUUUGUCAAUAUUAGGUGUGGACUGCCUGCGACAGGAAAGGUUACAUAGUCGUCUGGAACACUAAAACCUAUCAAAACGAACAUUACCCCGAUCUAUGCAAGUGCGGUGGCUUCACGUAUUUGAUGCGGGUUGAUCAAAAGGUAGAGCUCUACGAGUGAAAUCAAAGAUUGAUUGUUAAUUAUGUUGAAACUUGCUCAACUUGCACUGACUGACUGACUGACUGAUCGUCUGACUGACUGAGUCAGUAACAGUGUAAAGUAAACAUCUCUGACCGAUUUACUCACUAAACAUGGCCGACAUGUAAGACUAACUGACUGGCUGACUGACUGACUGACUGACUCACUAACCCACUGACUGGCCCCCUGAGUGGCUGGGUAACUGACUGAGUGGGUGAGUGAUUGAGUGACUCACUGGAUGGCUGGCUGGCCGGCUGGCUGACUAACUGACUGGCUGACUGACUGACGGACUGAUUUACGUACUUACUUACUGACUGACUGACUGACUGACUGAUUGACUGACUGACUUGGAAAGCCAGUUGAUUGUCGGAUUCUUGAAGUGAUUGAUUGAAUUACUGACAGAGUGAUUGUUAGACCGAGCUAUUGACUGAUUCAUCGCUUCGUCAUCUUGCAGGUGUGGGCUGGAAGCAAAAGUGGCGUCAUUUAUGUCCUAGACGCUAAGAAAAUUAAAGUUGAAAAGGUAUUAUAUGCCUUCUAAAUACAGAUGAUUAAUUCUUUAUUUUCCAUCCUUUAACUGGCCUCUCCCCUCAUAUGAUCUGUCUGUAGGAGUCUUGUAAAAAAUACUUUUAGAACCUCUUUUUUUAAUUAAUACCCGUCCCUCGAGAAACGAGUUAAUUUCGUUACCCAAGUAUCUCAAUGUGUCCCUCAUAUGGCACCGGACGGAUUUUCGAUGAAAAUUGUGCGCUUGGGGUUUUUGUUCACACGUAACCAGCGAAACCGAACGAACGUUUAGGCGACUAGCUUUUCAAAAAUUUGAACGCGAGAAUCGAGCUCAAGUUUUAGGCGGUACGAUUGAAAGUUUGACCGGCGCAGUAUAAACACCAUGGCCGUCUAAAUUUCUUGAAAGACAAAGGCGUGGUUGCAUGGAUGCGUUGUAAAUCACCUGCGAGAUUUUCAAAGUAACGCCCUGCGCAUGGGCAGAUGGUAAAACCACUGACUGGGAAAGGUUUAAAUUCAACUUGGUUCGUCAGUUCCGUGAGAAGAGAGCGAAUGGUUCCAUGUGAUGUGUCCUGUCAAACUUUUAGGCGGUCAAAAAUUGUCUCAGUGUGCCGUGUGAACACAGCCUAUAUCUCAGGAAGUAGGUAACAUUCUAGAUAUUGCACUGUUGUUACCCUUUGAAUUUAUAAGUUUUGCGAUAUUGCCCUCUCAGAAACUUUUAGGGGAUUAGCUGAGAUGCGACCUCGGAAUAACCAAUAUUAGGAAAUGUUGUCGAGGGAAAAAAUUUCCUGCUGUAUAACAAAUAUGUGUAUUUCAUUGCAGGAAUUGCUCUUGCAUGAAGACCGUGUGCGUGCUAUGUGCCUAACAGACUACGGACAUGUCAUUUCGGGACCGGGAUCUCGGGACGGGCGACUUGCUGUGUGGAGUUCAGAUCUUUUGCAGUUGGUCCCGGGAACCGAGCAAAAGCCGAAGGUUCACACAGCCGAGGAUAGUGGCUUUGAAGUGGUUCCGAAACAAUAUGUCGUCAAGUUUAAUCCUGGUCAGGACGAUACAGGCUGUUUCAUUAACAGGACUUCAACGUAUUAAGUGGGUGUGAAAGGGUCGAAGUUAGCCUGUAAAUUUUUAAAAACAUUUAAAAUGAACUAAUCUCGGUUGUUCCUAGUGAAUAACUGAAUAUUGAAAGAGCUUUUUAAUUAGCAACUAAUGAAUGAGGCUGAGUAUAUCUCUUAAUUCUUCAUAUCCUACGAAAGCCGAAUUCAUUAAUAGCUUUAUUAUUCAUUCAAAAUAAUUCCUAGUUUUAAAACAUAGCUAAAACAUGCUUACCUGCAUCGAUGUUAAGUUCAACUUCGAUAGUGUACGUUUAGGUUUGUCCAGCUCCGCAAAUAUUCUCCAAAUAGCUGAUGUCGCCCUCCGAGUUGUCUUGCUGUUUUUGCUAUGUUUUUAGCUAUAUUUUGCCUAGUUCCAGCUGUGGUUCUUACUCUUGAAAGGAGUGAACAU